CGUAGGCGGGGCUGUAGUUUCAGUAUGUGCGAGUGCGAGGGGGCUGAGGGCGCUUUUCCGACCAGCGAAGUGAGCUCGAGUCGCUGGGAGACAAAAAAGCAGCAAGAAAGCGAAACAGGCCGCAACAGGACGAAAGAACAAGCUAGCCACCUUUCACCUCCACUCCACACACACUAACAGGGCAUUGAUGGUAAUGCAUGCGAGGAAACCGCCGAGACUCAGUGAUGGGUGUACCGAGCGCAGGGACCCGCAGCCCUACCAGAGCCUUAAGUACCCGUCAAAGAGUCACCCCAGCAGUGAUCGUCAUGAGAAGACACGAGAGGCCUCGGACACCACCCCACCCUGCAAAGUGCUUCGGCGGUCUGACAGUCCAGACGGCAAGCACAAUGUUGGUACAGGGCACAGCAGGGCCAAACCAGUCCAGGCGCACCGGCUCAGAGAGAGGGACGGAGGGACCAGUUAUUCUCCACAAGAAAAUUCACACAAUCACAGCACUCUUCACAGUGCAAAUUCUAAUCCAGGCAAAACCUCAGAGACUUCCUAUGAUCCAGCAGAUGAUUGGUCUGAACACAUCAGCUCUUCUGGGAAAAAGUACUACUACAACUGCAGGACUGAGGUUUCCCAGUGGGAAAAGCCCAAAGAGUGGCUGGAAAGAGAGCAGCGGCAAAGAGAAGCUACCAAGCCCGCUGUGGUCAACAGCUUCCCUAAGGACCGCGAUUACAGACGGGAAGCGCUGCAAGCCACGGCUGUGGCAGCCAGCAGUGGUAGUGGCUUCAGCACAACCAAGUGUGCGCCAUUGGACAAAUCAACAUCUCAUUCCUGCACAUCCCAGUCGACGUCCUCAGUGUCAGGCGUGUGCCUGACCCCCGCAAGCACGGCAACAGCAACCACAGCGGUACCAGUCUCCCCAGUUCCACAGUCACCAGCACCCCCGCCCAUACUGCAGGAUCCAGGGCUUCUUCGUCAGCUACUGCCUGCCCUGCAGGCUACACUGCAGCUCAACAAUGCCAGUGUGGAUGUGGCCAAGAUCAAUGAAGUUCUCACAGCCGCUGUCACGCAAGCUUCAUUGCAGUCUAUGCUUCAUAAGAUUCUCACGGCAGGACCGUCUGCUUUCAACAUCACUACUUUGCUUUCCCAAGCUGCGCAGCUGUCCACUCAAGCCCAGCAGUCCAACCAGUCCCCGAUGUCCUUAACAUCAGAUGCCUCGUCACCGAGAUCAUAUGUCUCUCCAAGGAUCAGCACGCCACAGACCAACACUGUGCCGAUCAAGCCUCUUGUCAACACACCUCCUGUCUCGUCGCAGCCGAAGGUCAGCACACCGGUGGUGAAACCAGGACCAGUACCCCAGCCUGUACCACAGCAGCCAGCCCCAGUCGACAGGCAGCUUGAGCGGGAGUCUCCACAUAGCCUCCAGAGGCAGAGCAGUCAGAGGAGUCCGUCCCCAGGUCCAAAUCACGUCCCCAGCAGCAGCAACAGCGCAGCUCCCAGCACAGCAGCAUUACCAAGCGCAGCACUUGUGAGGCCCCCAUGCACCUUCACAUCUACGUUGGCAUCUCACUUCAAUGAGAAUCUAAUCAAGCAUGUGCAGGGCUGGCCAGCCGACCAUGCUGAGAAGCAGGCAUCACGGUUACGAGAAGAAGCCUUCAAUAUGGGAAGCAUCUAUAUGUCAGAAAUUUGCACAGAACUGAAAAACUUGCGAUCCUUAGUGCGGGUGUGUGAGAUCCAGGCCACGCUGCGUGAGCAGAGGAUACUGUUUUUGCGACAACAGAUUAAGGAGCUUGAGAAGCUGAAGAAUCAAAACUCCUUCAUGGUGUGAAAAACAGGUGGAGUCAUCUGACAGACUUCGGGAACUGUCUGUGCCCAGUCUUAAUACUUGUGAGCUGCAGUUUGAUGGGCCUCAGACCCUGGGCAGUGGAGGGGAUGGGUGGGGAAGCUGCCAGGUCAUGCCAGGUGUGCUUUGUGAAAGGCCUUGGACAUGUAGAUUUCCUGUAGAUGUGUCCAUGCUGUAAAUAUGUUUUCUAGAGUGAGGCCUCAAAGCCAUGCUGACCAGGGCUUUGACUUCCAGACUGACCAAUGCCAAGGCGGUCAACUUGUUUAAGGCACUCCGCAUGUUAACCUGCCUGUAAACUUGUCUGUCAGCAGACGAUUGAACCAUUGCUGGGGGUAUGAGAAAACCAAGAGAGGCUGGAAAGCCAGAGUCCAGUGACUGGGCUGCUGUAUUGAUCUGCUUUUAUCCAACCUCCAACUUGAAAUUUUUUUUUUUUCCUUUUUUUUUUUUUUUUUUUUUUUAAAUAAACCUUUCUGUGACUAACAAAUAAAUCCUGGAAGGGGAAGAGCAGAAAUGGCUGCAACAGAAGACCCUCCCCGACUACUGCCUUGUUCCACAUGUCGGGACUGUCACUGUGCAUCCAUAGUGGUUCACAGAUGGGACCCUACCAGCCAGGAGUCAGAGGGUCGCCCAGUGGCCCAUGUUGACGAGUGUCAUCCAAACAAGUUAGAUGAGAACAGCAUCCCCAUCCACCCGUGUGUAACGCCAUACUUUUCCAGGGCCUAAGGAGGGCAGGGUCCACCUACUGUGUUUAACCCCUCUUUUAUUUCCCAUCUCCCGGUUUGUUUUUCACUGUACUUUCAAAGUAACCAAGCAAGCAAAUUUUAGGUUCUCAAGGCACCUUGGGUUAAACCAAGAUUUCAUUCCUAUGUACAGUUGCUCAAGUGGUAAGAGGUAAGUUUUAUGAAUAGUUGCAGUGAUUACUAGUAUAUCUGAUAUGUUGUAUUCAUAAAUUAUUGCUACACAUUUUCCUUUGCACCCUGAAACGAUGGAAUAAGUGUGCUGCUGGGUACACCCCCGAGAAGGCAACUCUGUCACAGAACCUCACAUGGCAGGGACUGGGCAGUGAGGUCACAAGGUCAAAUGUGAAAUGUAUGUAAUGUAAUAAACAUGCUAAACAAGCUAA